AUGUCAUUGGGGGUUGGAUUUAAUCUUUAUCACGACCCCGAGGGGAAAACUGAGAGGUUUCCCACAAGCAUACCUGGCAAGCUACAACACCUCAAAUCGAUCAGUCUCAGCGUAGACGACGACACACCCAUCAUGUCCGCCGAACUGACAACCUUCAACACCAACCGCACCGCGCGCGCCGAGGAGUCGGACCGCGAGGCGACGGAAUCACUCGUCCAGACCCUGGCGCCGCCGGACCGUGGCAUCGCCGCCUGGAAAUUCCUAUUCAGCGCCUUCGUCGUCGAGGCGCUCCUCUGGGGAUUCCCCCUCGCCUACGGUGUCUUCCAGGAGUACUACUCGACGCACCCGGACUUCGAGGGCAACACGGGUAACAUUGCCGUCGUCGGCACCCUCGCGACGAGUAUCUACUUCAUCGGCGCGCCGUUCGUCACCCCGGUCGUGAAGCGCUACCAGCGGUGGCAGACGCACAUGAUUGGCGUCGGGUCGAUCCUCUGUGUCGUCGCGCUCGUCGCCGCCUCGUUUGCGACGUCUGUCUCGGGCCUCGUCGCCACGCAGGGCGUCAUGUACGGCGUCGGCUUCACGAUGCUGUACUUCCCUGUGCUGCGCAUGUUAAACGAGUGGUUCAUUGAGCGUCGCGGUAUGGCGUACGGCAUCAUGUUCGCCGGCGGUGGCUUCAGCGGCGUCGGGUUCCCGUUCCUGCUCGAGGUGCUCCUCUCAAAGUACGGUCACAAGACGACCCUCCGCGCCGUCGCGGUCGGCAUCGCCAUCUCGACCCUGCCGCUGCUGCCGUUGCUCAAGGGCCGUCUCCCCGUGGCGCACGGCGGUGCCCUGCGCGCUUUGGACGUCAGCUUCUUCAAGCAGCCGCUCUUCUACAUUUUUGCCUUGUCCAACCUGUUCCAGGGGCUGGGGUACUACAUCCCGAGCAUUUACCUGCCGACGUACGCAUCUAGCCUUGGUCUGUCCGGUACGACCGGUGCCCUUAUCCUUGCGCUCUUCAACUUGUCGACGACGUUUGGGCAGUUGGCAAUGGGAUGGCUGUCGGACAGGACGAGCAACGCGCUACUGCUCGUCUUCUUAUCGUCGUUCCCGUCUGCCCUGGCGGCGUUCCUGUUGUGGGGAUUCGCUUCGUCGCUGCCGACGCUAAUGGCCUUUUCCAUCAUUUACGGCUGGUUUGCGGGCAGCUUCGUCAUUCUCUGGCCCAAAUUCGGCGGCAUCCUGUCCGACGACCCGGGCGCCGUGUACAGCAUGAUGGCGUUCGGCAAGGGCGUCGGAAACCUUUUGACGGGCCCGAUCAGCGUGCCGCUCAUGAGCGGGCCGGUGCAGUCCGGAUAUGGACUCAACCGGUUUGAACCGCUGAUUCUGUACCUGGGGUCGAUGAUGCUCGUGUCGUCACUGGGAAUUGUCGGGUGGCCGGUUCGCGUGAGGCCCAACUGA